GAUCAUGGAGAGCACAGUGGCCAAUGCCGAGAAGCACUUCGGCCAGUUCUGCUCGCUGCUGGCCUCCUACACACGCAAGACGGCCCGGCUGCGGGACACGGCUGACCAGCUGGUCAAGCAGCUCAUCGACUUCGCCAACACCGAGAGCCCCGCGCUGCGGGCCGCCGUGAGGGGCCUGGCGGAGGACCUGGCCAAGCUGCAGGACUACCGGCAGGCCGAGGUGGAGCGGCUGGAGGCCAAGGUGGUCAGCCCGCUGCAGCAAUACGGAGCCCAGAUAAAGCAGACCCGGGCAGAGAUCAAGAAAUGUAAACGUGUCCAAAACAAUGAGAUCAAACAGCUGCAGAAGCUGGAGAAACUGAGGCAGAGGUCACCCUCGGAUCGGCAAAUGAUUUGCCAGGCGGAGAGCCACGCACAGCGGGCGUCGGUGGACACCAGCCGCACCACCCACCAGCUGGAGGGGACGGUGGACGCCUUCCAGGAGCGGAAGCUGCAGGACCUCCAGAGGAUUUUCUUGGACUUUGUGAGCAUCGAGAUGGUCUUCCACGCCAAGGCCAUCGAGAUCUACUCCCAUGCCUCCCAGACCCUGGAAAACUACGACCUGGAGGGAGACCUGCAGGAUUUUAGAGACAAGAUGCGUGGUGCGUGUGGACAGGGCGGGGCGCGGCUGUGCACACACGCCGAAGCCAGCAGCUCUCCCUCUGUGCCCUGGGCUCCCGCUAGCCAGAGUGCCCAGAGCACGCUACAGAGCCAGAGAAAAGAAGAGGCGGCAGGCGCGGCUGACCCGGCUGAGGACGACCCCCUGGAGGACCUCGGGGGACAGGGGCGGGGGCGCCGGAACUAGG